AGGGGCGGGACUCCUCCCCGCGUGAGUGUCUGAGGGGAAAGAGGCCGCCGUGAGGCGAGCUGCUUCUUUGCCAGGGCGGAGCCGGCGGCCUGUUGGCCCCGGAAGAUCCUACGCCGGAGCCACGUGGCCCGGUAGUGGGCGGGCGAGGCGGUGGUAGUGGUGGCGGCGGCGGCCAGUGCUGCUGCCGCCGCCGCCUACCACCCAGGAGCGGUGGCUACUGCGGCUGCCUCGCCGGUUGCGGACGAGGAGCUGGGCCCGGAGGCCGCCGGCAGCAUGGGCCCGGCGUUGGAGCGGGGCCGCCUGGCGGCGGGUCUGCUGGUGAACUUGGCGGCGUCCAUCUGCAUCGUGUUCCUGAACAAGUGGCUGUACGUGCGGAUGGGCUUCCCCAACCUGACGCUGACGCUGGUGCACUUCGCCGUCACCUGGCUGGGGCUGUACGUGUGCCAGGCGCUGGGCAUCUUCUCCCCGAAGAGCCUGCGGCCCCGCCAGGUGCUGCCCCUGGCGCUCAGCUUCUGCGGCUUCGUGGUCUUCACCAACCUGUCCCUGCAGAACAACACCAUCGGCACCUACCAGCUGGCCAAGGCCAUGACCACGCCGGUCAUCGUCCUCAUCCAGAGCGUGGCUUACGGAAAGACUUUCCCCGCCCGCAUCAAGCUCACCCUGAUUCCUAUUACUUUAGGCGUUUUCCUAAAUUCCUAUUAUGAUGUGAAAUUUAACUUUCUUGGCAUGGUAUUUGCUUCCCUCGGUGUUUUAGUUACAUCUCUUUAUCAAGUGUGGGUAGGAGCGAAGCAACAUGAGCUACAGGUAAACUCUAUGCAGUUGCUGUACUAUCAAGCUCCCAUGUCUUGUGGCAUGCUGUUGUGUGUCGUUCCCUUCUUUGAACCAGUAUUUGGCGAUGGUGGAAUAUUUGGUCCCUGGACACUUUCUGCUGUGUUUAUGGUGCUGCUGUCUGGAAUCAUAGCCUUUAUGGUGAACUUAUCUAUUUACUGGAUCAUUGGGAAUACUUCACCAGUCACCUAUAAUAUGUUCGGACACUUCAAAUUCUGCAUCACCCUCAUGGGAGGGUACCUCUUAUUUAAGGAUCCUUUAUCAAUUAAUCAAGGCCUUGGGAUUACAUGCACAUUGUUUGGAAUUUUAGCUUAUACCCACUUCAAACUUAGUGAGCAAGAAGGGGGCAAGAGCAAGCUGGUUCAGCGUCCAUAGAACAAGUACUGAUAUGGAUGGUGAAUGAGUCAUUUUAAUAUGCACUAGUUUUGAAACAAGCAAAAUAAGGAAAUAGAUGCGCCCAGUUGCUGUUAAGGAAGUGCAUUUCUGUUAUUUUUAUAUAAAGGAUCAGUUUUUUAAAAAAACAAGCACUACAAAAACUCAAAUUCUACAACCUUGGCCUAUCAUGUUUUUUUCUAUUCUGUUAAGUGAUUUCUAUAUUUAAAAUAUGGUUCAUAACUACAGUGGCAAUUCUAAGAGAACUCAACUGUUUCAUACCAAAUGGACUCAUCAAGUUAGAUGUGACAUUAAUUGCCAAAGGAAUUCAUUCUGCCCUUUUGAUUAUGUCAGUAUUACCAUUUCUAGAAAGGAGGCUGUCUGCUGAUAAUGUGAAGUCAAAUGAACAUUGUAUCUUCUUGAUCUGGUAAAGAAUGGAAAAUCAAAU